AUGACAUCCAAGAAACGGGUGAAGCCAUCUGUGGAAAAAUGUCUAAACAUGCCUAAAAAAAAGGAAGUUAUAUUUCAACGAAGUAUCCCUGGCAAAUAUAUUCCAAGAGAUGGACCGCCACCGAUCAAUAGUGUUCGUUCUGGUGUUGGUAAUGAUAAUCGUUUUAAUUCAAAAAUAGCUGAACUUCUAGCGUCUUCUGCUUAUAACAAUAAUAAUUUCGAUAGUAACGUUGAUAAUAACAGUGUUGAAAACGAUUCGCCGCAAAGCAUGGGACGAAUAGUUACUACUGCAAAUGACUGUGGUUCACCCUCAUCGCGUGUUCAUUCGAAAUUACUUCAUCGUCGAAUCGUAACUAUGCUAGAAACACUAAGACGUCGCGGUGUUCCGGCGCCUCCCAGACAAUUGAAAGGCGCGGAAAACAUGACUAAUAUUGAUUUACAACCGAUUACAUUUGGACAAUUAAAAGCCACAACAGUAGAAAACGGUUUAACUCAACCAAUGACAAUUUCUAAAGGACAAACCGCCAUCAAACAAAGAGCGAUAUCAACCUCUUCAGUUAAUUCAUCCCAUAUUUCACGUUUAUACGAUGAUCUCUCCGAUGAUUUAUCUUCUCGAUUAACUUUAAAUAAUAUGUCAGAUAUUCGCUCAUCUACACCAGCUACAACCACAACGCCAAACAUGAUACAGUUAAAAUCAUUAUUAAUCACUGACAGUUGUCCAGAUUUAUCUUCAAAAUUAAACCAGACAACCAUACAAGUACAACAAACGAAAGAGCAACGACCAGCAUUAUAUUAUUCACCGUCACUUGAACAGUUAUUAAAUCAACAUUCAUUCAAUGAUGAAACUGGAACGAAGUCAACUUACUUAACAUCUUCAGAGGCUCCGGUUCAACAACCGCCUACUCAUUCAGCUUCUAGCGUCGAUGAAAUAGUGGAAAAAUAUUACAACAGUUAUCCACAGCGGCCAGCAUCUGUCGAGCAAAGUAAAGAAUUUUAUAUUCAUCCCCCACCAAGAGCAAACACGACGCCUGACCCAUCUUGGCGGUUUUUAUCAACAACAAAUAAACAACAACAAUUAUUUAAUUUAUCAACAAAUGUUCACAAUCAAAAGCCAACAGUGAUACUUCCACCAUCAAUAUUGUCAAAUCAAAAUGGAAACAGACCGCCACCACCUUCUUAUUCAUCCAGUGUUUUACAAACAAAUCGAACAAAGAUGAAUAGGAUGACAGCGACCAACAAUGAAUCUCAUUAUAUUCGUUCAUUUCAACAGCAACAACCGACUCUUCCAUUAACCACUAUUACUAAUCCCUCUUUAUUUGAUGUUUUACUUUGUGUUAAUCAACCACAAGAGCAUGAUGUUUCACUUCCUCGUUCUGUGAUUUCUGUACCACCUAGGAUAUUCUUAAAUAUCCUACACGAAAAUAUUGUUCCUUCAAAACAACACCAUCAGGAACAACGUCCUGUACCGACUCAACAGAUAUCUAGUCACCCACCGCCUCCUCGUUCUUCAAUCGAACGAUCUCAUUCGGCCUUACCAGCUAUCAAUCGACUAACAGGGAUCAAAGGUACAGUUGUGACAACGACAGAUUCCGAAAGUCAGAAUACAAACAGUGAUGUAUGUUCACAAAUAUUGUACGAUAGAGAAUUCUCAAGAUUGUUAUAUGGAAAAGAUGGUAAUCAGCGGCAAAAGCGAAAAGCAUAUAGUGAUCCAGUUAGGCACAGUAUUGAAGAGGCUGACCGAACAGAUUCAAAUAAUCUACUACGAAAAGAUGUUGUUAAAGAAGAAGAUGACGAUGUGGAUAAGCCGAAUGAAAAUAAUACAAAUCAUAAACAAAAUCGCCUUCGAAUUUCUGAUGAUACAAGAAUCUCAAAACAACCCGUUCAAACAUCGACAGGGUUGGUCAUUAGUGAUAAAAACACUUCAGUUGUUGUUCAACAGCAACAACAAAAGAAAUUGUCUUCUGUUCAUUCGUUACCCCCUAGAACAAUUGUACCAGCAAAUCCGUUACAUGCUCGUCCAAUUCCAACGUUUCUUCGAGUUUAUUCUCAGGCUCCAUCAUUGAAUGAUAUUUUAAUACAAUGGACUUUAUUUUCAUUAAAUGAACUAGAAUCAUUUCAUGGUAUGAUGACAAAAUUAUUUAAAGAUGAAAAUUUAGCUCGUGUACAAUUAUAUGAAACAUUUCGAUCAGCGUUAGCCAUAGAAUUAGAACAAAAGAAGCGUAAAUCUCAAGCGGAUGAAGAAGAAGAUGCUAUUACAGCUUUGUAA